ACGGUGCCCCAGUACUACCAUAGAGUGGAUGAGCCUAGAGGACAAGAGCCGGCAGAGGAUCAACAACGAGGUCAAUUAAAGAACGAAUUGGCUUUCCACAUGGAUGCAGCAGUGACCCAGUUUUACGGAACGGACCCCUUAACCCGACACAAGAUUCCGAAGUUGCAGUAUUCCCACCGACUAACGAGUGCCGUCCAAGUACUCGACCAGGAAGUACUACCUGUGUACCUGGAAGUGGUAGAGAAUCUAGAGGAGCUGCAAUUUAUCGUUUAUUGUGGAACUGUAGCUGUUGUACGGACGUUAGGAAUGCGCACCUUUCACCAAGACGAUAGACAGAACCGCGUACUCUCCAAAAAACCGAAACCUGCUUGGAUGAGACGCCUGGAAGGUCGUAUCCAAACGCUCCGAGUAAAAAUCGGUCGACUAACGCAGUACAAGAGGGGAAGUCGAUCGCGAAAGCUGAUUCGUGGAGUUGCUGAAAUUGUGAAGCCGGCAGAGCUCUCUGAUCUUAAUGAAAACCGCAUCAUUGAGAUCCUCGACACCCAUGUACAACGGUUGAGUGCUCUAUCAAAAAGGUUAAGACGUUAUACGGAAUGUACGAAAAGGCAUGCGGAUAAUCGUAUGUUCAGUAUGAACGAAAGGGAGUUCUACAGCCGCAUCAAAAAGAAACGCAAUAAUUACGAUGGUGGUCUUCCUGAGAUUGACGAAGUUACCCAGUUUUGGUCAGGCUUAUGGGAGAACCCUAUUCAACACCGAAGUAACAGGAUGUGGCUGGCAGAAGAAGAGGAAUAUGGAAACGGACUUGAAGCAAUGCCUGCCGUUAUGGUAACCGCCCAUGAUAUCAACGAAGCCAUUCGAUAUUCCAGGAAUUGGGCUGCGCCAGGACCAGAUUUCGUGCACAAUUUCUGGUACAAAAAGUUUUCUUCAACUCAUGGGCGAAUGGCAGAGUGCUUCAAUAAGGGGAAUUACUCAUCUGAUGCCAAAGGAUCAAGACACAGCGAAUGCGGCGAAGUACAGGCCAAUAACAUGUCUAACGAGCCUGUACAAGCUACUUACGUCGGUGAUUAA